CUAAAGGUUAUUUUUGUUUAUUAUUUGAAUGGACUUGCGGCUGCUUGAGAUUAUAAACAUCAAAAAUAAAUUGUUUUGAUAUUUUGUAUAUAAGUAAUUAUUCCUAAUUCAUUGCAUGUAUUUAUAUAAAACUAAAUUAUAACUCCGAUCUUCUCUUAACGUCUGAAAACCAAGAACUUUUUAUUUGAAUCUGUGACAGAAGCCAAAACAGCAUCUUUCAAUUAUUUGCAGUAGCAGACUGCAUAAAGAGCCAUUAUAAAAUUGGUUAUUUGAAUAAAAUGGUUAUCUGCAAACAAUAAUUUAUUCGCAACACUAGGUAUGGCGCAGUUAUGCAAAAAACUUUUUCAUGUUCCUUGCAGAAUUUUUAAAAAGGCGACUACCAUUCGAAGCAUAAGCACUACGAAAUGUACCUGGGACAGUUAUGAAGGUGAUGGUAAAACUACUGUUACAAUUUUAAAUCGUGAGCAUCGACAUUUAAUCAUGUUUGAUAGUUUGACUGAGAUGGGUUUCAAAUUGAAUAAUGGUAUUUUUGUUAUUGGGCCGGUUGCUGCAUUCCCUAGGACUGUUUUGCAAUGGAAUGUUCCAUCUGUUGAAUAUAUUACAAUAGAAUCUCUUUCUUUAUUUGCUGUGCUUGAACCAAAAUUAGACAUUUUUAUUCUUGGAACUGGUGAUCAUUUAAAAUUACCUAGUCCCGAAGUUAUGAACUUUUUAAAAUCCAAAAAGAUAGCAGUUGAAGUAUUGCCAACUGAAAAGGCUUGUGCAACUUUCAAUUUUUUAAUUGUUGAAGGAAGAUGUAUUGGAGGUGCUUUUAUGCCCCCUGAAAAUGUUAAUGUAUAUGAAGAAGAUAGUUUUAAACUCACACCUCCAAAAGCAAGUCCAACAGGAUAUAUUAUGUAAAAAUAUUUUAGUCCUAGUUUAAAAUAAAAUAAAUUAUUUAAAAUCAAA